AUGCCUUCCGUGACCAAAGCCCCCGCCGCCGCUGCGGCCGCCCCCUCCGAGGACAAGGCCAAGAGCAAGGGCCCCGCCCCCCAGGACAAGCCCGCCGCCAAGGCCCUGUUCGGCCUGGGCGCGCUGGCGGGGAGCCGCGGCGAGAAGAUCGUCAUUGCGCGCCGGGAUAGCGCGCCCAACGAGAGCGUCCUCAAGAUCACCAUCACCGAGACCACCGUGAUCGAGGCGGACUCCGGCAUCUGGAACGGGCGCGCGCUGCUCUACCUCACCCUGUGGUUCUUCUUCAGCUUCUGCACGCUCUUCCUCAACAAGUACAUCCUGUCCCUGCUCGAGGGGGAGCCCAGCAUGCUGG